AUGGGAAACUGCUGUGGGGGUGCUGCCUCUAAUGACAACAACAUCAAUCGCAACAAGGCUCGUCGUGAGCAGGCCUGGAUGACCACUGGGACAGUAUCAGUGCGGGACAGCAAGCUCAAGGCAGAUUUCCCACAUCACAGGCUUGAUGUGGGGUCUGCAGCAAAGACCCUUGAUGCCACCAACAACCGGCUGACAGCCUUACCACCCAACAUAAGUACCUUCAGUAGUCUACAGCGCCUCAUCUUAGCAGCGAAUCAGCUCUCAACUCUCCCUGUGCAGAUCUCAGCCCUCACCAGCCUGAAGGUACUUGUGCUGGACUCCAAUCGCCUGGUCAGUCUUCCAGAGGAGAUCGGCGCGCUAAGCAGGCUCGAGCGCUUGUCUGCCAGCCAGAACGCCCUCAUAUCCCUGCCAGCCGGCAUCAGCUCCCUUCAGAGCCUGACAGUGCUGAAACUCUCAAAAAAUAAGUUCAGCAGAAUUCCAGAUGAGCUGGGGGCCUGCUCAGCACUGGAGGAGAUCGACUUUGCAGACAACUAUCUCCAGGAAUUACCGGAGUCAUUGGGCAGCCUGAAGAGGCUGAAGGUGCUGUCUGCGGACCAGAACCGCAUUGCUGCUGUGCCGCCGGCCGUCUUCAAGGGUUGCACAUCGCUGCACACGCUGACACUGCACGAGAACCCCAUCACCAUCGAGGUGAUGGAAGCGACAGAGGGAUAUGAUGAGCUAGAGAGGCGCCGGCGGGAAAAGUUUGACAAGCAGAUAGCGACUAGGGUGCUGCUGGGUUCUAAAGGGCUUGAUGAGGGCAUUGAUCGAGCUGUGAAAUCCAGCUGA